AAUGAACACUUUCUGAUAUUGGUAAUUGUAUUACACAAUAGCAAGCCAGAUUACAUCUUAUCUUUGAUCACAUCGUUCUUUGGACUCGCACUAAUCAUUGUCCUCCUAAAAGCACAUCUACAGAGCUUUCAUGGGCUCUUUGAAAAUGCUCCCUUGGCAUCUAGCACCCUUUACACUUUCUCUUGCCAGUUGCAGAUUGAGAAAAGAUUUCGCUGUUUCUGCUGGCAUUCGUCAUCAUGCAGUCAAGCAUGCAUGCAGUUUGAAAACAUUCAAGAAUAGAACGUAUCUGCAUGUGCUGGACUUGUGAUUCAAGAGGCAGUUCCAUGGAGCUACCGUAGUACUCUGCCAUGUAUAAGGUCACAGUAAGAGCUAUGGACAGCUCAAAGGUUGACAUCCAAAACAGUAAACUUCCUGUCGUAAGAAGCGGCCUGCGUGGAGAAAACAUGCUGGCCUUCUGUAAGUCGAUCACCCUGGACCUCAAAACACCCAGCUAUUCUUGACUGUGUCAUGUUAUCAACUGAAGAUCCACAUAGCAUGCACGUCUGAAGAGUCAUCACGUUAUCCCGGGAGGGGAUCCGGAGUCACGUUCAACAUUGAGAAAUUGCGGCGGACAAUUCAGGAUCAUGAUCAGGAGAAUCAUGGUCAUUAGGAUCAAAUGCUGAAUGAUGGUGCACAAAUGAAUCCUGCAUUAAAUUUACUCCGGAUACAAUCAGCAUCGUCCCAAGAUAACCGCCGACACAUGAACCCUGCUACUUGUUGACAAACUUGUGGGGAUGGUCCUUUUGUGCACAAAGCUUGGAGACAUCGAGAUUCAGUUCAUAAACUUGUUGACCUUUCGAACCCUGUGCCGUUCCACCCGAUAUCAUAUCUGGCUGUCUUUGUGAACCGUAGACAUGCUGGAUCUCGGAGGCUAUGCUAAAAAGUUCGUAAAAAGCCCACAGUAAUAGUAUACAACAAGCCAAAAGGGCACCCGUUAGGAACGCCAGCAACGUGAACUCGCCAGAGUUCUCAGUGAUAUAACGAGACAUGCUUGCAGUUUUGCUUCGGAAGUGACCACUUUUGAGAUGAGUGAUCUCAAUAAGAUAAGUCGCUCCGUUCGCUAUAACAUUCAGCGCGCAAUUAAACAACUAACGUCAUAGAAAGGGGUCGCAGUAGAUCUUAUGGAACUCAUGGAACAAACAGCAUCAGCAGCUUUCCAUUGAAGCCUGAUACGGAUGCUACAGCAAAUGCCAGCUCGUUUGCAAGAUCAUCAGGAGUACUUAGCUGGGCUAUAUAGUAGGACCGGCAUAGGAGCUGUAGAAGAGUGAUACUGUAAGAUCUGUAAACCAGCUGGUGCCAAGUGAUUCGUAUUGUUUAGCUGCAAUUGCAACUAAAGCUUCAGAAUACUGCAGAAAAUCGUGCUGCAGCUGCAAACUCGGAUAAGUCUUCACCUCAGACGUGCACUUGUACAAUUGUCACCACCAAGCAGAACAAUCUUGAGCACACCGUUCCGACGAAAUGCGUGAAUCUCUGUCCCGCGAGUCUCCUCUGCUCAACACAAGAAGGUGACAUCGACAGCAACGAUGAGAAUACGAGAUGAACUCCUGUUGGAGGCAAGUCGGGUACAUAUACUAAACAGGCGGUGGCCUCCAGAGAUUGGGGUGGGGUCUGAAACCAGCGGCAAAGCAGUUCCAUAUGAUGAAGAAAGAGUUCUACUAGCGGUCCCUUGCCCGAGCAGAAAUCAUGCAUUUUCCAAUCGGCUCUGAGAUUGAAAAUGGCCUUCAAGCAAUGUUUGACACUGUCGUGGUGCUGAUGUCACUGACAACGAUCAUGAUUGCUGUGUGGUACAUCCUUUGGGGUUGUCAAGACUUUUCCAAAAACCCCGAAUCUAUGUGCACAAAGAAGGGAAUGCCGACGAAACAAGCGACCUCCGCGAUGUCUAAGCCUCAUUCUGUGAUUGAUAUCGCAGCAGUUGAAGGUCAAAAGGGAGAUUGCGAGGCCAAGGGCCACGUUCCAUAUGUUUUCACCAGUAUCGAGGACUUCCUCAGAGUUGACCAUGACGGCAAGGAUUUCAAAAUUCAUGAAGGUGAUAAGCAAGUGCCGAUCCUCGUGGAUAUGGAUACAGAAGAGAAGAGAUGUCGCGAUCGUGAAAAGCGUGUACAUUUCGAGCAUUCAGCAAAAUGACAUAGAUAACAUGUACCUGGAGGAAAGUUCUGUCAAUGUUGAGUUCGAGGUCGUGUGAUUACAUUCAGGCGUAUCGUGACUUCAAGUUUAUCCGACCGAACGUAAGGUUUAGCAAGUAAGCUAAUGGGAAUCACGAUUUCUUCUACAUGUUAGGAAUCUGCGUGUCCAUGACCAUAUUUGCUGUAAACUCGACUUUGGACAAUGAUAGCGAUGCAAGCUUAGCUCAUGGCUCAUGAAACAGGAUAAAACUCUGAAUUUACUUGUAAGUAGUUUCUGGAUACCAGAGACUAGUUUAAUAAAUUAUUGCUGAGUUAAUACAACUCAGUAAUAGGCAUUUUGUUUCCAGGAUACGUUUGA